CACACACACCCACACACACAGUGUCCCGCCGGGUUUACAGGCAUUUUGUCAGCAUUUUGAUUGAAGCUGCAGUUAUGUUAUUCGAAGCCUGGUCUUAUUUUCUGUAUUUAUCUUCUUUGUUAUAUCACGCUAUUGUUCCCUGCACAUUCCCUGAGCAGCUGCUUGCAAACAAAGUCGACCGGCAGCAGUUUCUGGGCAAAUGGUACUUCAAGGCAGCUGUCAGUCACAGAGAGGCUGACAUUCACAAGUUCAGUGUGUUCGACAACAUGCUUUUCAUUAUGGAGGAAACAGCCAAUGACACUCUGAAGCUGAGCGGACAUCUACGCAUGGGAGACGACUGCAUGAAGCAGACUUGGACCUAUCACCUGCAGCCUGGCAGGGAGGACCUGGUGCUGGAAGGAAGGCCACAGCGGAGGACCCUGCUCUGGAGCGGCAGCUGGGCCAACUGCCUCGAUUGCAUCAUUCUCCAGGAAAUAGAGCCACCUGAAACAGAGACAGACUCUGAGGACUCCCUCAGCAGAUUCAUGCUGUAUGCUCGGCAGAAACAUGUAAACUCUGAGGUGGUGACAACAUUUCUGAAAAGGACAGCUUGUAAUAAAAUGGGGAAAAGUGUCACAUUACCUCAGGAAAGAGAGUUUUGUGCCUAGUUUUAGACACUGAGGAAGCUGUUGGAGCCACUGAAUCUUCUAAAUGAUGAAGAGAAUAUCUCUUUGUUUCAUGUGAAACAAUAAAACCAAUAAAUGGAAGUUUUCAGCAA